GGCCAGAAGGACAAGCCUCCAGGUGUGAAGGACCGAGAGACGGGAGCCUGCAUGGGGCAGCUCUGAACCUCAGCAGGACACACGGGAGCUGGGACACCUGAGCCCUGAAGAGACACCUCGUGGGACACGGAGUCGGUGGAGCACCCGACAACAACCUGCUGUCGCUCCUCCUCUCUUUGCAAGCGGCUCUCAUCACCCUCUCCUCCUCCUCCUCCUCCUCCAUCCUCACUCCCUCUCCCAUCUGAUCCCAUCCCUCACUCCCUGCGCUGGAGAGGGAGAGCGUGCACUGGGACAAGAGCCUGGGACGUGGACACUGAGGAAAGUCACCGGGUGAAAUAGGCAGAAGUCAGGAACCUGCGAUGACACUAGCGUCCCUGUCCUGGCGCCUGAGUGCAGCUCUGGCGCUGCUCUGUGUCUCGCCAUGGCCCCAGGUGCACUCGGCUCUGGCACCUGAGAACGAGGUACCACUUCGGCCCACUACUUGGUUACCGGAGGGGAAGCUCACCUCUGUAACUCUCCCCAAAGGACGAACUCGCAGGCUCUACUUCACACUGAAGAAGAAGGCUCCGGCGAUGUCGCUGACCGUCAGCCCCUGUGACCGCCCCAUCGAAUGGAGCUUGGCCGCCCGCACCCUGAAAGACAAACCCCUGAAGAACCUGCAGUGGAGCAUUAAAAAGAGCGUGCCCGAGGUGUGGUGGCGAGGUCCUGGGACUGAGGAGAAGAUACACAGCUUCGCUGGCAACGCAGUAGACACCUACAGGGGUCCCUCCUACCCACAGGCUUCCGUCUACAUCCUGAGGCUGCGCUCCAAAGAGUACAACACCAGAGCUACGGUGUCCCUCCAUGACGGCCCCGGCCCCUCCGGCACCUUCCCUCUGCUCCCAGCUGACCCUCAAGUUCACACAUUAGGUGUAGGCAUGACCAGUGUCACCCUCAGCUGGGCGCCCAGCGCCUCCGUAAGCAGCCUCCCCCACCCACAGAAAAGUUACGAUUACUGCGUCCUCGUCAACUCUCAGCAAAACUACCCCAGCCUCUGUGCUGCCAGAGAGAGCAUGAGACAAGAGAAAGAGAAAGACCAGACACAAGAGAAGAAGGAGAGGAGGGGGAGAGUGACAGUGUGGCCAAUUUUGAAAGAGUGGUGGUGGCAGCAGUGGGACCCUGAACCCCAGAGUCCAACUUCUUCCCAUACCGAUGAUCACGCUGACCUCCAGUGUGUGUGUCAGGGGACAGAGAGUGUUUGCACCGUCUCUGAGCUACUGCCUGACACCCAGUAUUACUUUGACGUCUUCGUGAUGGACAGGCUGAACGGCACCAGCACGGCGUACAAGGGGACAUUAGCCCGGACGCACGGGGAGGCUCGUGUGUCCACCACUGCGCUGAGGGAGGGCGAGCUGAGGUGGGUGACCUUCCACGACAGAGGCUCCAACUCUGCGCAGUUCUUCAACUUCCGUCCUCGGGGUUGGCAGCAGAGUGGUCUCCUCACAUUGCAGAGCUGUGGUGGGGGCGAAAAGGUCAAGGUCACCGUGUCCAGCAAAGGUCAAGUUUUGACCUCGCAGGAUGUGGGGGGAGAGUUAGUACACAUCUGGCUGCACGGAAGUCCUUCUUAUCUCAUCCACUUAGAGAGAGAGGGGACUACCAAAAGCAGCUCUGCUUCUACAGACCUAGCUCUGCCAGGAGGUCUGAUGGCUUCGGUCAAGAUGCAGACGUCCUCUGCCUACCACCGCAGAGGGGUCCCAUCUCUGCCCUCCACCUUGCAGAUCAAAUCCUUCAACCGGUUGCGCGGUUGCAACAGUGUCACGCUGGCCUGGAUGGGCACAGAAGAAAGAAGCCUGUACUGCGUGUACCGCAGAAAGCUGGGGAACGGUGACCCUGACGCCGGGGGAGUAUCAGGUCUAACGGCACCCUGUCUGGGGCCAGAGUCCCGCUCCGACACCGAGAGAGUUCUCUGCAAGUAUUUCCAGGAGCUGAAUCCUCGGCGGGCCGUCACUACAGCCGUGAUAGGGGGCCUGGAGCCAGGGAUGGCCUAUGUGUUUGAUGUCUAUUUAAUGAGACGCUGGGGGAUCCCUAUCAAAUACGCCAGCAAGAUGCUGAAGACCAGGAAGGAGUGCUGAGCUGCCGCCCCCUGCAGGAGAUUUGUAGACUGUCCCAGUACUGGGGAAAAUGCCAUGGACAAGCUGACCGUGAUAACGAAGCCAUUUGACUGUCGCGGAGAGACUGUUACCAUAACGAGGAAAUCGUCCCCGGUGGAGCAAUGGUUAUGUUUAAAACCCCACUUCCACUAUCCAAGUGGAUGAGAAGCAUAUGAGAAGGGUCUGCACACCAGCAAAAGUCAUAACAGCUACAAUACAACUCUCAUUUUGUUUUUAAUUGUUGCUCAUGAUCAUGACGUGCCAGUUGUCCAAGUGCUUAUUUUGUGUGUGAGUACAAAGGACAGAUGAGGUUUGUGAUGACAGAGAGUCAGUACACAAACAACAACAGGGACCGUGCCAAAUAUGCAACAGAAACAGAUGGGGCAAUAAUUGGAUAACAUCUGAGACGGGGGUGGGGGGGUGGCAGUGUAUAUUUCCAGUGCUGCAUAAUGUACAGGCUUAUAAACACAGAUGGGUGCAAUCUACAGAUGCUUAGUUCAAAGUCAGUGUGUAUCAUUGUGUUCUGCUUUCGCAUGAAGCAGUGAAAAAAUACUUCGUGACUUGCCUCAUUGUGGUUGAUGUAUUCUUGUGCUGCUUCCAACGCACCAAUAAAUACAAGGGUAUCUGUAUGUUCUUGA